AAAGAAUGAAAAAAUCAACAUCACCGCGCGAAGGAUACUUCAAAUUUGUGUUCGAAUCCGCAACGAAGGAGUUUCGAAAUUGAAACGUACAUUUCUCGACGAUGAUUAUUUCGAAUUUUUAGUACGUUCUGAUGAUAGGAGAAAUGUUAAUUGCUCGACUAAACGAUCGUAUUCGGACGUAAAUUCACAAUUUUUUGCCCCUUUUCUUUAGGUGAGGUGAUAAAAGGGUAUUAGAAGGAGCGAUUAUCGAUGUCGUCACACAUACUGAUAUUAAUCGAUUAUUAUAUCGAUAGUUACUUAUAUCGAUUUCUAUGAAACAUGUCCGAUUGUAGUCGAUCAUUUCUUAUUACAAUAUAUUCGUUUUAUGACAGCCGAGCUGUAUUGUUUACUUAUUUUCUUAUAUGGUAGCAGAGCGUAGUUAAUAAGGAUUAAUUCCAUUCGUGAUAUUUUAUAUACAUUCGUCGCGUUUUCGAAAAAAUUAAAUUGAAAAAAAAAGUGCACUAAAAUCGAUUUUGAUCGAAUUGAAUAUUCAACUUUUUAAUUUUUUUAAUAAAAAUUAAUUUUUCGAAUUUUUUGAUCGUGUGACCGAUUUUUUAUAUUAAAAUGGAACGAGAUCAGAUUAACGGUUCUAAUGAUCAAGGCGGAGAACAAGGAGAUCAAUCUGGUGAACAAUCACAGCCAUUAAAUGGGGAAACGAGCCGGAACAAUGUUCAGAAUGGUACUGAGGAUUCACCUCCACUAUCGAACGAACUUGUCUUUACCAUCUUAACUGACUUCCGAGAUGAACUUGCUUCAAUUAAGGCAGAAUUCGAAUCCAUGAAAGACAAUUUAAAAAAUAUGCCUUCCUCUACUGAAAAUCGCGAUCGUCAUACAAGAUCCUUUUUAAAAUUUAAUACUCCAACUUCUGGUAGUGUCUUGACCAAAAAUACUAACUAUGAUCUUUGGAAAUCACGUUUUCUUUUUGAAUUGAAGGCGCAAGGAGCGCAAUAUUUGAUUGACAAACUAAUAAAACAAAAGAAAACGAAGGAUGAGAGAGAAGCCGAUGAAGCUGCGGCUCUUCGUGCUUUGAUUGAUCGUCUGGACGAAACUCAUCAUCGAAUGAUUCAAGGAGAAAAUACUGUCGAAGCUGCGCUUCAAAAACUUGAUUCUAAUAGGGCCCCAAAAGGUGUGUUGACUACAACCACCUUAUGGGAACAGUUAUACUCGAUCAAGUAUAGGGUUGGUGAGGAGACUGCUCCGGAAUUCAUGGUUAGGUUUGAGAAUUUGGUUAAACAGAUAGACGAUGCUGUGGUCAAUACUCCUGGUUCUGCAACUACUGAGAAGGAGACUGUUACUGAUAUUGAAAAGAAAAGGAUUUUAAUGUUAGCGAUCGGUACCAGCAGCCAACAUCUCCAGACUAGAGAGGCUGCCAAACAAAUGUUGAAUGAUGGUAAAGGUAUGACUUUUCUUGAGAUGAAAACGUAUUUUUUGAGCGAUGAGCAACAAAAUAACACUCUGAAGGAGAAGGAAACGCACUCCGAUGCAGCUUUUGCGUUUUCGCAACGACAGCAGGGGGCUGGCGGGGGAAAGAUGAAGAACGACAGGUUUCACUGGACCAAAAGUGACCAAAAUGCGAAAAAUCGAGCAUCUCCUAAUUCGAAUCAGAACUCGAACUGUCUGUGCACCAAUUGCGGAAUGAGGGGUCACCAACGUCACAACUGUAAAAAUGGUGAAAAGAAAUGGUGUUACAACUGCUUUAGGCUAACCGAUCAUAUUAGCGUCUCGUGCCCUCACAAAAAUAAGAGAGCUGUCACUGUCAACUCCAAAAGUGCACCACCUCCACCCAAAAACCCAAAACUGCGGCCAAUUUUGAAAAAGAAAUCCGAAGUCAAGGGUCAAGCGAAUCUGGUAGGAGCUGAAACUGUAAAUGUUGGAGAAGAGGAGUACUACCUUUUCUACGUUGAUGAUCAAGAGAAGGAACCGGAUGUUGAAAGCCAUUGGGAUUAACGUUGUUUUGAUACGAUUCCAAUUCCACGAAUAUAUAUUGAAAAAAGUUUUGACCGGAUACGAGCAGCUGAUAGUUUUAUACUUUAUUUUUCAUCAUCAUUAUGUGUGCCGAGGAGGGAGUAUUAGAAGGAGCGAUUAUCGAUGUCGUCACACAUACUGAUAUUAAUCGAUUAUUAUAUCGAUAGUUACUUAUAUCGAUUUCUAUGAAACAUGUCCGAUUGUAGUCGAUCAUUUCUUAUUACAAUAUAUUCGUUUUAUGACAGCCGA